AUGGACUCGUUAGGCAGCAGGGGGCUAUCUCGGGUCCUUCGGCGAACCUGUCAAGAUGGAACCACCAAAUCAUCAUCUCAGACAGUGCAGUCGAAAAAAUUCACAGGUGGACUAUUUGGGGCCAUUCGCGAGGUCUACAAUUUCAUAUGUACUAAUUACGUCGAUGGAGACGACAUCAUCCCCAUAGGCUUCUCUCGCGGCGCCUUCACGGCGCGCUCUGUUGCCGACAUGAUUGCGACAGUCGGCUUGCUAACUCCCAUGAGCUUGGACCAUUUCUACGCCAUAUUUGAAGACUAUAAGAACAUGGGCGACUCUGACCAUGAUCCUAGUCUCUUCUCGGACCCGGAAGUACUUUCCUACAAUGGCGAGAAAGGGGCAGCAAGGGCUAAAUGGGAGGGGGAUCGGAAAUCACGGUAUGAGAAAUGGCUUUCGAAGAAUGGCCUCUCAAGGCACACGUACGGAGAUGCAAAUGGCGUGCACGAGAUCAACGUCAAGGCAGUUGGCGUGUGGGAUACCGUCGGUGCCUUGGGUAUUCCCCCAGCCCCGUUUAGCAAUACUCAGGUAUCCGACCGCGUAGAAAACGCAUUCCAUGAUCUGUCUCUGGACGAACCCCGGUUUGCAUUCCGUCCAGCACUCUGGGGAAAGCUUGAGGGCAACAAGACUAAUCUCCGGCAGGUUUGGUUCCCAGGUAACCAUGCCGGUGUAGGCGGGGAAUGGCAUGAGCAACAAAUUGCCAGCAUCACUCUAGCUUUUAUUGUUGGUGUAGAGUUUAACCCGGGUCGUAUGGCAGACACUUUCACUGAGGGACUUCGGUUCUCAGCUGGACAAUCAUUCUCCUAUGUGCCCAGCUCCUGGUCAUCAUGGUUCCGGCCGAAGCAACAACUGCCGUGGGCGAAUCCCAAGAUAUGUCCGGUAAAGGCAUCAAGCAUCUAUCGGGAUGAGGCUGAAUGUGAUGGGAAAGAUCGUCAUCCCGCCGGUAGUGCAGAAGAGCUCUGGAAAACCGCUCGGCCGUGGGGACUAGGCCAAAUCCGAUAUCCGACGAGCCGCCUCCAGACCUGGUCAGGAACCACAAUCCGUCACCCCGGAACCUUUAUGCGUACGGACCCGGAAACGAACCAAGACACGGGCCAGCCUUUGCUCAACACCAACGAAAGAAUUCACAGCCUUGCUAUGGACGACGAUGGGGUCUGGGACUGCAGAGCUCUGACCACAGCCGAUGACGGGAGUGGACUAUGGAAGCUGGAACGCGGCUCCGGGCUUAACGCCUCUGAGGCAGAUAGCGUCAAAGACGGCGAGACCAGGGAGUUGGAUCUUGACGCAGAGGGAUAUGUCUUGAAGCCUUAUGCAGUCCAGAAGGAAGACAGCCAAUGGAAAUGGGUGUUGGCCAGCAAACAGCCCAACGCCUUCCCGCUGGCUGGUGUGCUUCCCGAGGAGCCUUUGACGGGAUACUGGGAACGGAAGUUGCUUGCUUUGACUGCGGGAAAUCCCGAUGUGUGGAGAUGGGCGGAGGAGAAUCCCCCUCUUGGCUUGAUCUAUGUCCUUUCUGUCUCACUAACGGGAACUACCGGUGGACUGGCAAAAAGGGGCCUACGCCGUGUCUCUGAUCGGGCUGAGACAUCGGCGGACUUAGGCUUGUCCUACUUGACCAGUAACGGCCUUGUGCAACCUGGCGAGACCUUCUCCCGUCUCAAGCCAUUUCUCCGGAUGUUCUUGAAUCCAACCAGUUGGGAAUAUGUCUCUCUGAUGGCUCAAAGGUUUGUUGUCUCUCAGCUCAAGCCUGGCAACAGAGGAGACGACUCUUGA